GUCCCUGUCCGGAAGAUCUCACACAGAUGAAGACCGUCAGCGGAGCUCGAAGCACUGCUCGCGGUCCAGAUCACGAUCAGGGGACCGGAAGCGCAAGUCAGGAGAUAAGCGGCACAGGCGAAGCCACAGCAAAAGCAAAGAGCGUGCUAAUGCACGAAGAGACACUCUGAACAGAAGACGCUGCUGACAGAUAGCAAAAUUAUAUGCCUACUACCUGGACAGGUAACUAUCAGUCAUUUAAACUUAUUUGCCUAUUAAACGAUAUCUUUUUGUCUCACAACCCCAGUUACUGCCUUUUUUUGUAGACACCAGCAGAAUUGCAAUAUAAAAAAAAAAAUGAGUGGCCCUUCCCAGUGUGAAUGCAUGCAGAUUUGCACAGUAUAUAAAUAGUUCUUAAAACGGUAAAGUUACGCACAUUAAGAUGAUUCAUAUAUAUUUGUUUGGUCAUAAUCGGAUUGAAGGUCAUAAGGGCAUUUUACGCUGUACAACGUGACCCUGAGUUUUCAGCAAUUUUAUUUUUUUGUGGGAGAGAAGGAUGGUUAGUAUGGGCUCGUUCAUGAAUCGUGUUGUGUAUGAACCCAUCAAGAGUGUUUUAUACAUACUAUAAUAUUUAAUAUGUAUUUUAGUGCCCUGCAAAGCCUUAACACAGUGUAUGUGCCAUUUUAAAGCUUCAUUUUCGUUUGGCGGAGUUACUGUGUUUUGCCUUUGUAUAGCAGCAUCACUUUGCAUUUCUCAAAGAAAAUCCACACUUAAGUAAUUCCUACCUAAACUGUAAUUUAGCUCUCACAAUAUUUAAGCAGCACUCGCUUCAGACAUAGGAUAAUUUCGCAAUAGCACUUUUUGUGUUAAUAGAAAUGUGCCUGUACACACAGGACUUGGCAAAAUUGCAAGAAAAGCUUUCUUGUAUCAUGUAAAAUGCCCUUUAAAGUCAACAUGAAACCAAACCCAGCAAUUUUUACCCAGUAAUUAAAAUAAUAACUGUAAUAAUAAGAACAUUUUUGUCUUGAUUUGGGUGUUGUUUUCAUGAAUGGGGCCAGAACUGAACGCAAGUUUGGCAUCAGAAAUAUGCAGAUCUUCUAUAUUUUGAGCCUCUACCUAAUGGAAACCAAGAUGAUGGCUGGGUCAGGUUCCUGACAAAGCAAAAACUAGAUUUGACUAGAAGAAAGAUUGACAAGAUUAAAAACGAACCAAGAAGUUAAGUAGAGUAAGACCAGGUUUGAACUAAAUGGGGUUCAUUUUGAUUUCAUGUUGACUUUUAUGUUUAUAUAGUAAAAAAAACAUUGCAUACAAGACAGGAAAAUGCCAGUGCGAAAUCUGUGUACAUUUCUUGCAAAAAUGAUCACCCCUGCUUUUCUCUUGGCGCUGAACUGUGCAGGUUAAGUGCACUCAUUUGUGUUACAUGUAAUUGUAUGUGCUGCACUCGGAUGGUGGUGGAAGUUGGCAUAGGGAUAUUGUAAUUUUAAAAACUGUUUUUCUUGUCAAAAUUAUUUUGGCAAGUUUGUUCUUAAAACAACUUACUAACUCUCUUUAUUGCACUAUUUUCCUGAAAGAGACCAAUUCUUCUUAAAACAGGCACGGAAGAAGGACUCUGAGAAAGCUCUGAAAUGUCAGAGCGUAUCAGAGGAGCAGCUGGAGAUGUCAGAUAAAGGCCGUGACAGGCUGUCUGAAGACACGGAGGAGCGACAUCGCAGAAAAGACAAGAAGUCCUCCAGACCAAGAAGCCUGUCAAGAUCACGUUCAAAGGAAAGACGACAUCAUAAUCGAAACUGGGACAAAAGAAGAUCUCGCUCACGGAGCGGUGAAAGGAGAUCAAGAAGUCGUGACAAGAAGAGAAGGGCCAGGUCUCGAUCAAACUCCAGAAGCAAGCACAGACAUCGCAGCAGGAGCCGAAGCAAGAGCAGGGAGAAGAAGAAGAGGUCAGAGAAAGCACGGAGAAAAAGUCAUAGUCGCAGUCGGUCAGCUAGCCCUGUGACCUUCAGGGGUAGAAACACAGCCAUGGAUGCUCAGGAGGCAUUGGCCAGAAGGUUGGAGAGAGCAAAGAAGCUUCAAGAACAGAAGGAAAAGGAGUUGUUAGAAAAACGGCAACAGCAAGAGAUGGCAACAGCAGCUCCACUGUUGUGCGACACGGCCACUGCAGCACCCAGUUCAGGCCUGAACGUUGCAGCACUGCUGGCCUCCGGCACACAGGUCACUCCUCAGAUCGCAAUGGCUGCUCAGAUGGCAGCUCUUCAGGCCAAAACGCUGGCGGAGACUGGCAUUGCUGUGCCAAGCUACUACAACCCCUCAGCGGUGAACCCAAUGAAGUUUGCAGAGCAGGAAAAGAAGAGGAAAAUGUUGUGGCAGGGAAAAAAAGAUGGGGACAAGUCACAAACAGCUGAGCUUUGGGAGAAGCUGAAUUUUGGCAAUAAAGACCAAAAUGUAAAAUUUCGCAAACUAAUGGGCAUCAAAGGUGAAGAAGAAGGUAGUUCGUCAGGAGCUGGUAAUGAAGAAGGUCUUAAAACCUUGCAGCAGCAGGAAGAGAUGUUCCGUAACCUGGACGUCCAGUACGAGAUGGCCCGCUCACAGACACACACGCAGAGGGGGAUGGGCCUUGGCUUCUCCUCCUCGUUUUCUUCAAGGGGCAUGGAUGCUGUCUGAACAUUCUGUAUUUGUGCUUCUCGUUUCUGUAAAUUCUGGCUGACGCCGCCACUGUAAAGCUGGUUUGUAUGUGCUUGUAGAGAAUGCUGGUGCAUUAGCCUGCAUGUAUGAUUCAUCAGGUCUGUUGUUUUAUUCAUUUUGGAAGUUCACUUGUAAAUACAGUUGAUUGCUCAAACAUA